AAAAGAUUUCAAUAUUUAUGGGUAAGUAAUACGCCAGAGAGCCAGCUGUUGCUAAGAAAUCAUGUAAGGCUAGAGCCAGUGAUUUAAGAACACAUUUCAAAAACACUUAUGAAGUAGCUAGAGCACUUAAAGGAUAAACACUUGCAUAAGCAUUAAAAUACUUAUAAGAUGUAUUAUAACAUAAGAGAUGUGUUCCAUUCACUCGUUUCAAUGGUGGAGUGGGUAGAACUGCAUAAGCAAAAGAAUUCGGCAGAUCAUAAGGUAGAUGGCCAGAAAAGAGUGUAAGAAUUGUUUUAUCAUUAUUGUAAAAUUUGGCAGCUAAUGCUUAAGUUAAGAAUUUAAGCAAUGAGAAAUUGAUCAUCAAUCAUGUCUAAGUGAAUAGAGCAUAAAAGGGUAGACGUAGAACCUACAGAGCACAUGGAAGAAUUAAUCCAUUUUUAUCAUCCAAUGCUCAUAUUGAAUUGUGGGCUGCAGAAAAAGAUGAGAAUGUCAAAAAGGAGACAAAUAAUCAAUAGGUGGCUCGUCAAUCAAGAAAAUAAGUGGCUAGAUCAAAAUUAUCUAUUGGUGCAUGAAUUUAUAAUAAUACACAUUAAAUAUU